CCCAGCAGUGCCACCCACCAGUUCUGCCCACCAGUGCUGCCAGUCAGUGCCCAGCGGUUUUGCCAGUCAGUGCCCAGCAGUUGCGCCAGUCAAUGCCUAACAGUGCCGCCAGUCAAUACCUAGCAGUGCCGCCAGUCAGUGCCCAGCAGUAAUGCCAGUCAGUGCCACCUAUCAGUGCUGUCUAUCAGUACCCAUCAUCAGUGCCGCCUAUCAGCGCCACCUAUCAGUGCCGCCUAUCCGUGCCACCUCAUUAGUGCUGCCUAUCAGUGCCACCUAUCAGUGCCCUUCAGGGCUGCCUAUCAGUGCCCAUCAGUGCUGCCUAUCAGUGCCCAUCAGU